UAGCAGCAGCUGCUUGCUGACCCAUCCCUGGACCUAUCACUUAACAUGACCAUUUUGAGUACGUAACAGUGCCAUUACGAGUUUAUGCUACUGUUAAACUAACUGAAAGAUAAAACCAAAAAAAAAAAAAAAAAAAACAACAAACGAACGCGUCGUGCUCGCGCUGCACACAGUGCAAAUUGAAGAAAAUAGUGCGAAAUAUUUUCCGCGAAAUUCAGUGUGUAACUACUGAUGUGCUGAUCGAAACGCAUAAACUGCUGUAGAGAUAGAUGAGAACAACAACAAGAACAACGACAACGGUGGGAAAUUAUGGCGAUAUUUAAUAACCGAGUGCAGAGUCGCAUUGACGUCGACAAAAACGUUUGAGAGAGAGAGAGAGAGAGAGAGAGAGAGAGAGCGCGUAAGGCGUGCGCGCGCUUCAGAGCAUAUCAGCAAAGAGAGUAAGUCUGAUCGCACUGUAAGAGAGGGAAGAGAGAGAGAGCGCGCAGGCGAGAGCAAUUUGCAGUAUUAAGUACUAGCAUAUUCGAACUUGUGAUUUGCACAAGCUCUCGCUUAACUAUUAAACAGCCACAUACCCCCAACACCACCAUAUCAGCACGAUCCACUCUCUCACACACUCUUUUUGGCAUUAAAUAAAUAAUGGGUCUGCAGAUGGCAGCCAGUUUUGUUGCAGUCAACUUGUUUGCAGCCCUGUUGCUUAUCUGGACACCAGCGACCGUCGAUGCAGUCCAUGCAAAUUUUUCGGAUUUUCCCUAUAUACAAUAUCUGACACAUCCACCGGAGAUCAUCAGGAAGCCGCAAAACCAGGGCGUGCGCGUUGGAGGCGUGGCCAGUUUUUAUUGUGCGGCACGCGGCGAUCCGCCGCCAUCGAUAGUCUGGCGCAAAAACGGCAAAAAAGUAUCGGGCACUCAAUCUCGUUACACGGUGCUGGAACAGCCAGGCGGCAUUUCCAUACUGCGCAUCGAGCCCGUGCGGGCCGGACGAGACGAUGCGCCGUACGAGUGCGUCGCCGAGAACGGAGUGGGGGAUGCCGUAUCCGCAGAUGCAACUUUAACCAUCUAUGAAGGCGAUAAAACACCAGCGGGCUUUCCGGUUAUAACACAGGGUCCGGGCACACGCGUCAUCGAGGUGGGUCACACUGUCCAAAUGCAGUGCAAAGCCAUUGGCAAUCCCACGCCCAGCAUCUACUGGAUCAUAAACCAGACCAAGGUGGACAUGAGCAAUCCGCGAUAUGUCAUUAACAAUGGCGUCUUGCAAAUCAACAACAGUCGCGAAGAGGAUCAGGGCAAAUACGAAUGCGUUGCGGAGAACUCUAUUGGAACGGAGCACUCAAAAGCCACCAAUCUGUAUGUGAAAGUGCGUCGCGUGCCACCCACAUUCUCGCGCCCACCAGAGGCCUUGAGUGAGGUGAUGUUGGGCUCCAAUCUGAAUCUAUCCUGCAUAGCCGUCGGCUCACCCAUGCCGCACGUCAAGUGGAUGAAGGGCGCACAAGAUCUGACGCCGGAGAAUGAUAUACCCAUAGGUCUAAAUGUGCUGCAGUUGAAUAAUAUACAGGAGAGCGCCAAUUUCACGUGCAUAGCCGCCUCCUCGCUGGGCCAGAUCGAAUCGGUGUCCGUGGUCAAGGUGCAAUCUCUGCCCACGGCGCCUACGGAUGUGCAAAUCUCUGAGGUGACCGCCACUUCGGUGCGUCUGGAGUGGUCGUACAAGGGGCCCGAAGAUCUGCAAUACUAUGUCAUCCAGUACAAGCCGAAGAAUGCGAAUCAGGCCUUCAGCGAGAUCAGCGGCAUCAUAACCAUGUACUAUGUGGUCCGUGCCCUGAGUCCAUACACCGAAUACGAGUUCUAUGUGAUAGCUGUGAAUAAUAUUGGACGCGGUCCGCCCUCGGCUCCGGCGACUUGCACCACGGGCGAUUACUCAUUUGGUGGCACAAAAAUGGAAAGUGCGCCACGUAAUGUGCAAGUGCGGCCGUUGAGCUCCUCAACGAUGGUUAUUACUUGGGAGCCACCAGAGACGCCCAAUGGACAAGUGACCGGCUACAAGGUGUACUACACGACCAAUUCGAAUCAACCGGAGGCCUCAUGGAACUCGCAAAUGAUUGACAAUAGCGAACUGACAACCGUAUCGGAACUGACGCCACAUGCCAUCUAUACGGUGCGUGUGCAGGCGUACACCUCAAUGGGAGCCGGUCCCAUGUCCACUCCGGUGCAGGUGAAGACACAGCAAGGUGUGCCAUCACAACCGAGCAAUUUCCGGGCCACUGAUAUCGGCGAGACCGCAGUCACAUUGCAAUGGUCCAAGCCGACGCAUUCCAGCGAGAAUAUUGUACAUUAUGAGCUCUACUGGAAUGACACAUAUGCCAAUCAGGAUCAUCACAAGCGCAUCUCGAACUCUGAGUCCUAUACGCUUGAUGGUUUGUAUCCCGAUACCCUGUACUAUAUCUGGCUGGCAGCACGUUCCCAGCGUGGCGAGGGCGCCACCACGCCGCCCAUACCCGUACGCACCAAGCAAUAUGUACCAGGUGCACCGCCACGCAAUAUCACGGCCAUUGCCAACAGCUCGACAACUAUAGCGCUUAGCUGGCUGCCUCCGCCCGCGGAGCGCUCCAACGGUCGCAUCGUAUACUAUAAGGUACUGUUCGUGGAGGUGGGCCGCGAUGACGACGAGGCGUCCACCUUGACCCUGAACAUGACCCAAAUCGUGCUCGACGAGCUCAAGCGCUGGACCGAGUACAAGAUCUGGGUGCUCGCCGGCACCUCGGUGGGCGACGGUCCGCGCUCCCAUCCGAUCAUAACGCGCACCCAAGAGGAUGUGCCUGGAGAUCCGCAGGAUGUCAAGGCCACGCCACUGAACUCAACAUCGAUACAUGUGAGCUGGAAACCGCCACUAGAAAAGGAUCGCAAUGGCAUCAUACGUGGCUAUCACAUUCACGUGCAGGAAAUGCGAGAUGAGGGCAAGGGCUUUCUCAACGAACCCUUCAAAUUCGACGUGGUCGACACGUUGGAGUACAGUGUAACCGGGCUGCAACCGGACACAAAAUACUCAAUUCAAGUGGCCGCGCUAACGCGCAAAGGUGACGGCGAUCGCAGCGCGGCGGUUAUUGUAAAAACGCCCGGAGGUGUGCCCGUUCGGCCAACGGUAAGUCUGAAGAUUAUGGAACGCGAACCCAUUGUAUCCAUCGAGCUGGAGUGGGAGCGUCCGGCGCAAACGUACGGCGAACUGCGUGGCUAUCGCUUACGCUGGGGCGUCAAGGAUCAGGCAUUAAAAGAGGAGAUGCUGUCGGGACCGCAAAUGACCAAGAAACGUUUCAACGAUCUCGAACGUGGGGUGGAAUACGAGUUCCGGGUCGCGGGCAGCAAUCACAUUGGCAUCGGUCAGGAGACGGUCAAGAUCUUCCAGACGCCCGAGGGCACACCCGGUGGACCGCCGUCCAACAUAACUGUACGGUUUCAGACACCCGAUGUGGUCUGUGUCACCUGGGAUCCGCCAACGCGAGAUCAUCGCAAUGGACUUAUCACACGUUACGAUGUGCAGUUCCACAAAAAGAUCGAUCACGGCCUGGGCUCCGAGCGCAACAUGACGCUGCGCAAAGCGGUCUUCACCAACCUGGAGGAGAAUACCGAGUACAUCUUUCGCGUGCGUGCCUACACAAAACAGGGCGCGGGUCCAUUUAGCGAGAAGUUAAUUAUUGAAACGGAGCGCGACAUGGGACGUGCCCCAAUGUCCGUACAGGCGGUGGCUACCUCCGAGCAGACAGCCGAAAUCUGGUGGGAGCCGGUGCCCAGUCGCGGAAAACUGCUUGGCUAUAAAAUCUUCUACACAAUGACGGCUGUGGAGGAUCUCGAUGAUUGGCAAACGAAGACGGUGGGUUUAACUGAAUCGGCAGACCUGGUCAACCUGGAGAAGUUUGCCCAAUACGCCGUAGCCAUUGCAGCGAGAUUUAAGAACGGACUGGGACGCCUGAGUGAGAAGGUAACGGUGCGCAUCAAGCCCGAAGAUGUGCCGCUCAAUCUGCGCGCCCAUGACGUCAGCACACACUCCAUGACGCUCUCCUGGUCCCCGCCCAUACGCCUUAAUCCGGUGAACUACAAGAUUAGCUUUGAUGCGAUGAAGGUGUUUGUGGACUCGCAGGGUUUCUCCCAGACGCAAACGGUGCAGAAGCGUGAGAUUAUACUGAAGCACUUUGUGAAGACGCACACGAUCAACGAACUGAGUCCAUUUACCACGUACAAUGUAAAUGUGAGCGCGAUACCUUCGGAUUAUUCCUACAGGCCGCCAACGAAGAUAACAGUGACCACACAAAUGGCAGCGCCACAGCCCAUGGUCAAGCCAGAUUUCUAUGGUGUGGUGAAUGGCGAGGAAAUAUUGGUCAUAUUGCCACAGGCAUCCGAAGAGUAUGGCCCCAUCUCGCACUACUAUCUGGUUGUGGUGCCCGAGGACAAAUCGAAUCUACACAAGAAUCCCGAUCAGUUCCUCACAGAUGACCUGCUGCCCGGACGCAAUAAACCGGAGCGUCCCAAUGCACCGUACAUAGCUGCCAAAUUUCCACAGCGCUCUAUACCCUUUACCUUCCACCUUGGCUCGGGAGAUGACUAUCACAACUUUACCAAUCGCAAACUGGAACGCGAGAAACGCUAUCGGAUAUUUGUACGCGCCGUGGUGGAUACGCCGCAAAAGCAUCUGUAUACGUCCAGUCCCUUCUCUGAGUUCCUGUCGCUGGAUAUGCGCGAGGCGCCGCCCGGCGAACGACCACAUCGUCCGGAUCCUAACUGGCCCUCCGAGCCGGAGGUUUCGGUUAAUCGCAAUAAGGAUGAGCCGGAGAUACUCUGGGUAGUGCUGCCUUUAAUAGCCGCCUUUGUUGUCUCCACCACGCUUAUUGUACUCUAUGUGGUUAGGCGUCGCCGCCAGCCCUGCAAGACGCCCGACCAGGCGGCAGUUACGCGUCCACUGAUGGCCGCUGAUUUGGGCGCCGGUCCAACGCCCAGUGAUCCCGUGGACAUGCGCCGACUGAACUUCCAAACGCCCGGCAUGAUCUCACACCCGCCCAUACCCAUCUCCGAGUUUGCCAAUCACAUUGAAAGACUCAAGUCCAAUGACAAUCAAAAGUUCUCGCAAGAGUACGAGAGCAUCGAGCCCGGCCAGCAGUUCACCUGGGACAACUCCAACUACGAGCACAACAAGUCCAAGAAUCGCUAUGCCAAUGUCACAGCCUACGAUCAUUCUCGCGUCCAGCUGCCCGCACAGGAGAACGUCCUCGGUUCAGACUAUAUCAAUGCCAACUAUUGUGAUGGCUAUCGCAAGCAUAAUGCGUAUGUGGCCACACAGGGACCGCUGCAGGAGACCUUUGCAGACUUCUGGCGCAUGUGCUGGGAGCUGAAGACUGCGACCAUUGUGAUGAUGACCCGUUUAGAGGAGCGCACGCGCAUCAAAUGCGAUCAGUAUUGGCCCACGCGCGGCACUGAGACUUACGGUCAGAUAUUUGUGACCAUCACCGAAACCCAGGAGCUGGCCACCUACAGCAUACGCACGUUCCAGCUGUGCCGUCAGGGCUUUAACGAUCGCCGCGAGAUCAAGCAGCUACAGUUUACGGCCUGGCCGGAUCACGGUGUGCCCGAUCAUCCAGCUCCGUUCUUACAGUUCCUGCGUCGCUGUCGCGCCUUGACGCCACCCGAGUCUGGACCAGUUGUGGUGCAUUGUUCGGCAGGCGUGGGUCGAACUGGCUGCUAUAUAGUAAUAGACUCGAUGCUGGAGCGUAUGAAGCACGAGAAGAUAAUUGACAUCUACGGCCAUGUGACGUGCCUGCGCGCUCAGCGCAACUAUAUGGUGCAAACAGAGGAUCAGUACAUCUUCAUACACGAUGCCAUACUGGAGGCCAUCAUCUGUGGUCUGACCGAGGUCGCUGCACGCAAUCUGCAUACCCAUUUGCAGAAGCUGCUCACCACCGAGCCGGGCGAGAGCAUUUCGGGCAUGGAGGUGGAAUUCAAGAAGCUCUCGAAUGUUAAAAUGGACUCCUCCAAGUUUGUUACCGCUAAUUUGGCCUGCAACAAGCACAAGAAUCGCCUGGUGCACAUCCUGCCCUAUGAGUCGAGUCGCGUCUAUUUAACGCCCAUUCAUGGCAUCGAGGGCAGUGACUAUGUCAAUGCUAGUUUCAUUGAUGGCUAUCGCUAUCGUUCAGCCUAUAUUGCGGCUCAGGGACCUGUGCAGGAUACUGCUGAGGACUUUUGGCGCAUGCUCUGGGAGCACAACUCCACCAUAGUUGUUAUGUUGACCAAACUCAAGGAAAUGGGCAGGGAGAAGUGCUUCCAAUAUUGGCCCCACGAGCGUUCCGUGCGCUAUCAGUAUUAUGUUGUGGAUCCCAUCGCCGAGUACAAUAUGCCACAGUACAAGCUCCGCGAGUUUAAGGUAACCGAUGCUCGUGAUGGCUCAUCGCGCACGGUGCGCCAGUUUCAGUUUAUCGACUGGCCCGAGCAGGGCGUACCCAAGUCUGGUGAGGGCUUCAUUGAUUUUAUUGGGCAGGUGCACAAGACCAAGGAGCAGUUUGGCCAGGAUGGGCCCAUAACGGUGCAUUGUUCGGCAGGAGUGGGACGCACAGGUGUUUUUAUCACGCUCAGCAUUGUCCUGGAACGCAUGCAAUACGAGGGGGUGCUGGAUGUGUUUCAAACGGUGCGCAUAUUGCGCUCCCAGCGACCGGCCAUGGUGCAGACGGAGGAUCAAUAUCAUUUUUGUUAUCGCGCUGCUUUGGAGUAUUUGGGCUCAUUCGACAACUAUGCAAACUGAAGGAGUUGAGCAGGAAAAGGAGGAGGAGGAGCAGAAGUUGGAGUCCGGGCUACAGAGCAAAAACGUUGUCAACUUUAAGUUCAUGUUAAAUGUUGCAUGUUCGUUUUCAACUGUACGCAUAAAACGCAUUUAUGAUAUACACGGAUACCUUAACUUUAAAGUAUUAUAGCCAGAUACUGCCCACAAUACUUACUUAUACUCUAUAGUAUAUUGUAUACAACAAUUUGUAUAAUUCAAAUUUUAAGCAACCACUUAAUUCUGUCCCUAUUUUGAUCAGUUACUCUUGUUUUACCCCUCAGUCUUUUGCUACGUUUGUUUUCGUAUAAUGUAAACUCAAAAAGACUGUUACAAGUUUAAUUAUCAGUAAUUUAUACUUAAAUGCAUAUAUCCCUAUAUGUACAUAUGUAUGCAUAUAUAUAUGUGCAUACAGUUUUUGCUCGAACUAAUCAAAGUAGUCAAUCAACUUGUUGUGGUGCGGCGGCGCCUCCAUAAAAGCGACCACCCACUGGUAAACCUAUACAUAUUUGAACUAAGGACUUGGUAGCUUUUAAAACUUACCGCCUAAACGAAUCUCGAGAAAAGCAUAAGUUAAAGUCAACUAGUUGUCAGAAGCAUGGAGUUCAAAUCCCCAUUUAUCAUAACAUUCUAGACUAUAUGUGCAUGCAUUUGUGUGUGUACAACAAUCAAUCAAAUAUGUUUAAUAUGUUUUUAUACUUGACAUACUUAAAAAGUCCGCUUAGGCUCUAUAUAUAUAAAAGCAAAUAUAUAUAUAUAACGCAAAAGCAAAUGUAAACCGUGCAAUUAGUCAAAAGUCUUGCGUAGUGUAUAUCUUAUAAGGCAGCUAGUUUUAAUUAGUUUAUAGAUUAAGUUCAGUUAUCAGGCAUGUUUUAUAUUCUAUUACAUUCCCCAAAUAUGCUUACAUCAGCUGUCCAGAUAUGUAAAACUCUAGGUCUUUGUACUUUAUUAAGUAAGUCAUUUUAUUCUACCAGCUUUCUCAUUCCUGCCCAAGCAUAAUUCUAAGUUAACCAUUUUUAAUUUGUUUUAUAAUUACAUUCCUGUAUAUACCACAAAGCCCUACAGCUAUACGAGUAAAUAGGAUCCUACAACUAGAAAAUUAUGGUACCUAAAGUGUAUGAAAAAGACAGCAUAGAUAAUAAACCCAGCAGAUAAAGAAACGAGUAAUAAGAUAACUGUAGAUAUGUAUUGUAGAAUACUAAUACUUAUAUGUUACGUCUAUACUAUUAUAAAAGGCACCCAUUUAUACCUAUAAAGCUACACUACAAUAUGGCAUUAUGAACAUAGAAUUAUUAUAAUGUACAUACAUAUUUGAUAUGCAGUUCUAUGGGGCGAUAGUAUUUAUAAACGAUGUUAGCAAGCAAAUGCAUAAAAGCAAAUAAUAUUAAAUUGAAUAAUAAUUAUUAGCCGAACACAUGUUAAACAACAAUUGUAAUACGUAUGUACACUACAGAUAUUAACGCAUUGUGCAUAAUGCAUUAUAGAUAUAAAACACAUACACACACUGACAGACACACAUAUAUACACACCCACACACCCACACACACACACACACACACAUAUGUAUCUGUUAUAACAAGUUUAGCGCGUUGCCCACUAAAGAAGGAAUUAAAAGAAUUGGAGUUAGAACCUAGUAAAUUGACAAGUUGGCUCAAUGCCAUCAUCAAACAAUGUAUUGGGGCAUAUUUGGAAAGUAUAUAUAAUAAUGAAAAAUUGAACAAAUAAAGAUUAUAGCGUUUACAAUUA